AAUAAUAAUAAUACAUCACACAGUCCUAGACACUUGGGAAGUGUUCGAUUUGUGAUUUUGUGAUACGAAAUCCAGCAUAUCUAUCUUGUUUGCUGUGUCAUACAAUAUAAUAAUAAUAAUAAUUUUAUGUAUACAGCUCACCCCAAUCCCAACAAAGCAGCAACCCUAUAAACAAGAGAAGUCCAGAAAUAUAAUAAUAAUAAUAGUCCAGCAUAUACAGGGUGCUUGAAUUGACUUUGGAUAAUGGGAGUUGUAGUUCACCCGCAUCCAGAUAACUUUGUGAAUCCCACUAUGAUGGAUCUGGACCAGACGACCAAUUCUCUCACACCAGAAGCGACUUGCAGUUUCUCAAGUCGCCCUGACAAGAAAAAAAAAAUGAAUCUGGACCAAACUUGGCACAAAUAGCCCCUAUGAUCAACUUAAAAAACUGGCAGGGUUUGGGGAAUAUAAACCCAGGAUGAUGGGAGUUAUAGUUCACCUUGCAUCCAAAGAACAUUGUGAACCCCACCACCGAUGGAUCUGGACCACACUUGGCAAACAUAGCCAGCAUGACCAACUUUAAGUACUGGCAGAGUUUGGAGGGGGGGCGAUAACAUGAUGGGAGUUGCAGUCCGCCCACAUGCAAAAAGGCCUGUGAAGCCAGAUCCAUACUAAACAAUGACUUUUUCUAAUAUUUAUCUUUACAAAAGACCUAACCUGAGUACCGAAGCUAAUCUAUACACAUAAUAAAAAUAUGUACGUUAUGUGUGUGUAUAUCUCAUUCACUGUGUCAUACUCUGUCUUUGUGUCAAUAAUAAUAAUAAUGAGGAGGAGGAUGACGUCUCUUCUUCUGGAAUUUUAUUUAAGCAGAGGCUGGAUGGCCAUCUGUCGGGAAGGCUUCGGUUGUGUCCUCCCGCCUGGCAGAAUAGGGUUGGACUGGAUGACCUUUGGGUGUCUCUUCCAACUCCUUAAGAUUUUACAAAAGGAAAUGAAAGUGCUUAGAGUUCCCAUUUGCCCUUCCCAGUCUGCCAGCUCUUUAUCCUCAGCCUGUGACUCAGAAAAAGAGUCCUGUCCCUUUAAAUCUGGGCUUCUUCCUCCUCCUGCUCCUUUUUCCUUAAAGGUGCCAGUUUGCAAAAAGCCAGCUGCAACCACUAAUGGCAGGACCCCCCAAGAAAGAAGCAGAGAUGCCCUCAAAGGCCAAUGGAAACCCUGGGGCCUUUAAAAGACUGACCAACUCAGGAAAAGGAGCCAUGAUCGGAGCGGGAUUAGGAAUCGGCCUCACCGUCGUGGGGCUCCCUUUGGUGCUCGGAGCCGCGGGCUUCACCGGCGCAGGGAUCGCGGCCGGUUCUCUUGCCGCCAAGAUGAUGUCGGCCACAGCGAUUGCCAGCGGCGGUGCGGUUGCAGCCGGAAGCCCAGUGGCUGUCCUUCAGUCCGUUGGGGCAGCGGGACUCGCACUGAGCACCAAACUCGGGGUGACUGCGGCGACGGCCAGCGCUGGGGCAGCCAUUGGGGCUGCAAAAAAGCCGAGCCCCCCGAAGCUCUAGGAUCCAUAGGAUAACAUUGGAAACAUACAGAUGGAAGUUAUCUUGAUGGUAUCCUAGCAGGGCCUUUUCUGCAUCUGCCCCAAUCACAACAGCCUUGUUGAAUUUUGAUGAUUUCUUACAGUCGAUCUUUGGGAAAUCGACCAUUCUAUAAAAAUUACAAUGAAUCAAUAAAACCACAAGGAGCAGCCAA